AUGAAGAUAUGGCAAGCAGUGCCCCAAAAGAUAUUGUUGUCGUUCCUUUGGAGAGAAAGGAACAGGGAUACAUUUGUCGACUAUUGGGUCAAUGGCAACAUGUUGACAAAGGAUAUGGCAACUCAAAUAUUUAAAAUCUUGAAGCAGCCAGAUCUCAAAUACCUCACUCAGGAUGACUUCAAACCCCUCCUUCGAGAACUUUUGGCAACUCAUCCUGGGUUGGAGUUCUUACAGAGCACACCAGAAUUCCAAGAAAGAUAUGCUGAAACCGUAAUAUACAGAAUAUUUUACUACGUGAAUAGAUCGGACAAUGGACAUCUUACCCUCAGGGAGCUGAAACGCGGAAACUUAAUUGCUGCAAUGCUACAUGCAGAUGAAGAAGAGGACAUAAACAAAGUUUUGAGGUACUUCUCUUAUGAACACUUUUAUGUUAUAUAUUGCAAGUUCUGGGAGCUGGAUACCGAUCAUGAUUUCUUGAUUGACAAAGAAAACCUUAUUAGAUAUGGUAACCAUGCACUUACCUACAGGAUUGUUGACAGAAUAUUUUCGCAGGUUCCGAGAAAGUUCAACAGUAAGGUUGAAGGAAAGAUGGGAUAUGAAGAUUUUGUUUACUUCAUAUUGUCGGAGGAGGAUAAAUCAUCUGAGCCUAGUCUUGAGUACUGGUCUAAGAGUUUUUGGGUUCUUGUGCUUAGGAAAUUAGGAAAAGACUCCCCUCGGUGUUGUCAAGCUUUCCCAUAUGCUACUUGUCCCUCUUUAAGAUUCCAUAAAGUGUUGUAAUUUGUAAAUGGAAUUAAAAGGAUGAUGAGAGAUAUGGGAUGGGUAGUUUUAAGGGAGGAAUGAUUAGGUGACGUAGGAAAUUGUAUCUUGCCCUUGGGGGUAAAUAGGACUGAAGUGUUGGCAAUAUUUGGGCUAGAAACAUUGCUUUAAUGGCGAAGUGGUUGUGUAGAUAUAACGCCCCAAAAUCUAUCCUGG